ACCAUUAAUCUUAAACUGAAAAUAGCGCAAUUAAGGGAACAAAAGUUGUUUCUGACGGAAAGUAAAAUCGAUUUUCGUGUUUACGUUGAACACACCGUGGCAACGCGAACGGUGCAAAGAGCAAGGCCUGAAAAACAUCGCGCUACAGCGAAGUAACCUGGAAACGUGCGAUAUGGAGGAGGAAAAAGGGAAAGACGAGACUGAAGAUUGGAAAAUUUAUGAAGCAUUGUGCAGCAAAACACCUACUGAGAUGGAGGCCGACACUGGUAAUGAUAUCAUCACAGCACUGAGGAGUGAUCUUGCUGGAUUGCAGUACAAACGAGAUAAAUUAAUUUCGGAGAAUAGUGAUUUAAAAAACCAAAUGCUUUCUCGAGACCAAAGAAUAUUAGAACAACAGGUGGAAAUAGACCAUCUACGUGAGCAAAAUGCCCGCCAAAAUGCAAUUAUAUCCUCGCUCAGAAAGAAAAUUCAUGACCUUGAAGAGAUACAUCGGAAUCUACAAGCGUCUCAGGGGAGAUGUGAUCUUACCGUGCAAACCUUGCAAAGAGACAACCGAUACUACGAAGAUAAAAUUAAAGAUAUGGAAAAGAAACUACGAACACUUGAGCUAGAAUGCCACAACGAAGAACAACAAAAGGAAAAUGCAAGAUGUCAGUUCCAUGAUCUAGUGCGACGCAUGUCCGCCGCUCUGGACGCUGAUUUUUGUGAUACGACACACACGCACUCCCCUGAAAGUCUCAUCAUAAAAGCAGCAGAGCUAGUUCAAGAAAUUUCCAGAUUAAAGAAUAAAUGCUUGAACACCACUGAAAAUUUAUCGUCUGUUGAACAAGAUUUCAGAAGUUGUAGAGAUGCUUUAGAGAGAUCAAAUGCUGAUAAAGAUAUGUUACAGCGACAGCUCUCAUCACAAAUCUUAGAGACCGAGAGGCUGAAACAAGAGAAAGAGUCUUUGUCCGUGCAAAAUAGGGUCAUUGAGCGGGAGCUACACGAAGCGCGAGAAAAGCUAUCUCAUUGUUCAAAGAACUUAAAUGUCGUCACUGACAAUGUGAAUCAGAAUGAAGCAAUAAUAGUCCAGUUAAAAGAGGACCUUAGACACAGAGAUGAGAAGAAUCAAAGACUACAAACAGAAUUCCGUAAUACCAUGGAAUCAAUAGCAAUUUUACUUAGUCUUCCCACAAGAUUUGUAGAAGCCCAUGAAAGCACUAUCAAGGACAGGAUUCGGGAAAUAUUAAGUGACAAUAAAGAUAAGUCAGUGCAAAUAGACGCUCUCCGCGACAAGCUAUCCCUAGAGUCGCAACAGCUGGGCCGCACGGCGCACCUGCACGACCAGGCGACCACGCGCGUGCGCAUCCUCGAAGACGAGCGCAAUAUGCUGGAGGGCAAGCUGCAUAAGCUGGAGGCCGAACUCAACGCCGUGGAGCUGUGCCGAGACUCGUUAAGAAAGGAUAAGGCUAACUUCGUGGCAUUCCUCGAGCGGCUGAGCAGAACGCUAAAUAUGGAUGAGUUGACCCAGGACAUCGGCAUCGAGCUGCACACCGAGUCGAUAAUCCACCGCGCCGAGCAACUCGCUAGGCUCGAGAGCGAUAAAAUUGUUGACAAGCUGCUAUACUACGGAUACUACGGCACGCUGCCAAGGCUCCGCAGAGAAAGAUCAUUCCAUGACUUGCCUUAUCUUAAAGAAACAGCCGUUGUUUACCAACUUCAGCGAAGGAUAAGGAUUUUAAGAGAACAAUUGCAAAGAAAAGACUUGCAUUUAGACCUUCUGCGGCGUAAACUGAGCAUACAGGAGGAGAGCUCCCGUGUCCGGACCGUGCUUCAAGCGGAGCGCGAUGAAGCGGUGGCGCGUAGUAAGAAGCUGGCGCGGCAGUGCGACAAGCUGUCUGUGCAGCUCACUGACGCGCGCGCGCAGAUUCGGGACCUCAACGCGCAGCUCGCUGAUGCUGCUGAAUACAAGAUUACCGCUCUAGAAAAAGCCCGUAAAAUAGAGGAGUUACAAAAGAGAUUGGACGAGGCAGAGUUACUUCGGACCAGAUACAACCGUAAGGUCAACGUGUUGAAGGACCAAGUGCGAGCUACCGGAGAGACCUUCGAGCAAGAGAGGACCACCACUGAGCACCAGAUAGCUAUGCUGAGGGAUGAUUUGGCCAGGACUAAAGAAGCCCUGGCCGAGUGUCAGAGAAGGGAGGCUCAGUUGCUCAGCUUCAGGCACUCGAUCGCGAAGCUACUCGGCAUCCUGGUGCCCGCAUCAGUAUCAGACUUCGAGAUGGUGUCGCGGCUGCAGAAGCUCAUCGACGCACACCACGACUUCACGGUAGUGUCGCGACGGUACGACGACCCCGCGCUCUUACGCGCCUCCUCGCGCUCGCCGCCGCCGUCCAGGUGCAGGACCAGGACACCUGACAGGUCGCUCCGCUACGACGAUUCUGGGUACGCUGACCCCGCGUUCGACCUCGACGACGAAUUGUAUAAGGCGCGAGCCGCCUUGUGACAGUCGCGGAGACGGACCCGCUUCUAAGGGCCAUGAAGAUACGUCAUAUACAUCCUUAAUAAAGAUUAAUUGGGACAUGACACCAGCAGUCAACUGCCAUUAUUAAAAUGAAUUAUUUAUUAUAGUUAAUUACAUACUGAACAAUAAAA